CCAUUCAGAAAGGUAUGCAUCGUGCUUUGCGCACUGCUAUGUUCUUCCUCCACCGUGCUUUGGGCUUCCUUUCUACUGGUUGUCACUUUUGUCAUGUGCCUCCCUUGUGAUAACAUCUUUGUCUUUCGUGUUGUUGCCACAGAGGAAUUCCAAAGAAUAUUGGACUACCAUCUUGAAGCACAAAGGAUGGAAAGACAGAAACUGAUGGACCGCCAUGAGAAAGUCAAGUCGUCACCGGACAAGUAUGUAACCGUUAUUGUUGAUGGGAUGGAUCAAAGCAAGACCAAUCUUCCUCAUUUUCGGCGUCUCCCUGAAGAUUCGAGGAUUAGGGAAGCGGACUUCUUGAAGGUGCAUGUCGUGGGUGCAAAGGUGGAAGGACAUCUGCAGAGAGCGUACGCCAUGAUGAUGUUCAACAACUUUAGCAUGGACUCGAACUCCAUGCUUACCGUGCUUCAUAAAGUUACUUCGGAUCUACCAAGACCUUUGCCAAAGGUGUUGUUUUUGACUCUUGACAAUACAUCGAGAGAGAACAAAAGCAAGUACGUCUUGGCGUACCUGGUGUACUUGGUCCACAUGAAGGUUUUCGAGAAAAUCAAGCUCAACUUCCUUUUGGUGGGUCACACACAUGAUAAUAUCGAUCAGAUGUUCAACUGUUUUUCCAGAGCUCUGGCGCAUAGGGAUGCUUAUGACCUACCUGCUUUGGAGACGGUGAUCAGACAAUCAUACACCAAAUAUGCUGGUGUCCAUGUUGAGCGGGUGUUUGAAGUUUACGACUGGAAAGCUUAUGUGAAAGAUCACUUGGCACCCCUUCAUGAUAUCAGCUUCAACCAACAUUUUUGUAUCCAGAGAAAUGCUGAUGGAAGUGUUGCUGUUUGGAGUAGGCAGUUCUACACAUCGUCAUGGCACCCGCAAGAUGACAAUGACUUGGAUAUCUUUAAGGCACUUCCGGACGGAACUGUGCAUGCAGCUCCACAUCAUGUUGUGCGAAGCAUGGAUGGGAGGAUCAAAGCCUCUGAGGAGAAAAUAGUGUCGACAAAACUUUAUCAUUGUCGGGAAUACGUGAAAAUGUGAAAACAUUUUCCAAAUAUAUGGAUGAUGAGUCUACUGCAUGGUGGGAACAAUUUCUCACUAAACAAAAGAAUACAGACUUC